GGUGUAAUCACCGUAAAUUAACCCUACGUUCUUCCUGUAUGGAAGUUGGCGGGUCACGGGACGGGGUCUUCGUCGUCUCACUAUUCCUCAGUCACUCACAACUGGAGUAUUGUACAGCCCGCAUCCGCAAAGUAACCACCACAAUUAAACACUCCCACCAGCCUUACAUUUCGAGGCUCAGCAUGGGUACUCUUGCUAUUAAUGGCCUGGAAACGCUUCUCCAGAGUCUCGAGGUGGAGAUACCUGUCCCAACAUUUCCCACCGCGAACAAUGUCGCUAAUCCGGUCGACGUAUAUCGCUGCUAUGUUGCUAAGGUCGUAAAGCAAGUGGUCAAAUGUGACGAGGACACUGCAUAUAAUGCCAUCCAACGAACACAGGUGCUGGCCCAUGGCGAUGUGAUGGUGGUGGUUGCGCGCCUUCGUCUCAAAGGAGCCAAUGUAGACCAGGUUGCCCUUGACUUAUCAUCCAAGCUCUGUGGCAUUUCGCUUAUUUCCAACCCUGUACCUAAGGGUGUCUUCAUUCCUAUCUUUUUUAGUGCCACGACUUUACCCCGCCUAAUUUUACCGUACAUCUUCGAUCGACGACAAUUGUAUGGCCACGACAAAAUUGCUGGUCUGAAACAACCUGAGAAUGAGGCUGCUGGCAAGAAGAAAGUAAUCGUGGAGUUUUCUUCGCCCAAUAUCGCCAAGGAGUUCCAUGCCGGGCAUCUCCGUAGUACAAUAAUUGGGGCUUAUAUUGCGAACCUCUACGAGAGUAUGGGCUGGGACGUAGUCAAAAUAAAUUAUCUGGGUGACUGGGGGAAGCAGUUCGGCUUGCUUGCCGUGGGUUGGCAGAAAUUUGGAUCCGAAGAACUGUUCCAAAAGGAACCCUUGAAGCAUUUACUAGACGUUUAUGCAAAGAUCAAUACUUUGUUCAAACCAGAGCAGGAGGCCAGCAAGAACGCUAGGGAUAACGGCCAGGAUACCUCGGAGAUAGAGAACAAAGGACUUUACGCCGAGCGAAACGCCUUUUUCAAGAAAAUGGAGGAUGGAGAUCCAGAUGCACUCAGCUUGUGGAGGCGGUUCCGUGACAUCAGUAUCGAGAGGUACAUCCGUACCUACGCGCGCUUGAACAUUGCUUUCGACGAAUACUCCGGAGAAUCGACCGUUCGGCCGGAAACAAUUGAGAGCGUCGAAAAAAUGCUGAAGGAGAAAGGUAUUUACGAAGAGAAUGAGGGGUCAUGGGUCAUAGAUUUCAAGAAGCACGGCGCCCGCAAGCUCGGUACUGCCGUUGUCAGGAAUCGAGGCGGAACGACGACCUAUCUUCUUCGAGACAUCGCUGCUGUGCUAGAGCGGGUGGGCAAGUACAAAUUUGACAAAAUGAUCUAUGUCGUUUCCGCUGAGCAAGACUCGUACUUUCAGCGUGUCUUCAAGACGAUUGAGAUUAUGGGCUACCCUGAUAUUGCGACUAAACUUGUCCAUGUCAAUUUCGGGAAAGUUCAGGGAAUGUCGUCGAGGCUCGGAACGGUGAAGCUGCUGAGCGACAUAUUGGAUGAGUGUGGCAACGCCAUGCACGAAGUUAUGCGGGCCAACGAAGCAAAGUACGCUCAAGUUCCGGACCCAAAAGCAGUGGCAGAUGUCGUUGGUAUCACAGCAGUUAUGGCGCAGGAUAUGAGUGGGAAAAGAAUCAACAAUUACGCUUUUGAUAUUACCAGAAUGACUUCCUUUGAAGGCGAUACAGGCCCUUACCUCCAAUAUUCGCAUGCAAGGCUCUUAGACAGGAUGUAAAUUGACACUGGGAUAUUUAUCCGUAUUCUAUUAGAGAAUCCCCAUCUGAAAUGUUAACUCUAGUUUUUGAUAUUUCUGCCCCCAAAAAUUUUUCUCUCCAUUUUUGGUACGCGAUGACGGAAUAAGUCGAAUUUUCUGUUGGCGCUGGGGCUACAGAUUUUCGGGGCCUAGCGCGUCCGUAGAUAGACUAUUGAAGUCGAAUCAAUUUCUAGGCAUCCCACCUAAACAACUUGAGCCUCCAAUCAACCCAUCUCUUUCCCUAUAACUCCGCUGCGCCCACGAGCUGGCUAUUAGCUAGGGUAGGAGGCAUUAAUUUAAGUAUUACGCGCCUCGGGGAAAAUUGCUAAUAGGAAUGAGACCUCAGAAUCCAGGCGCUUAGCAACUGAGUAAGUGCAUGUCUAUCUUUAGCAACCCUUGUUAACGCUCACCGGCAUUCAUUCGUAACAGUCAUCUUUAACGCUGCUGCUUCAUAUCCCUGUUUCCACAAGCACGUUCAUUUUGUUUCAAGUUUCAAUUACAACCACCUAUCAAUUCUCUUUGAUUCGAGGCAGUUCAUUAUUCACCAUCAGAUUUCGCUGGCCACCUAUUUCGAGCCGUUCAGCAGUCAGUUUUCACCAAUCCGAUAGAACCCCGGGGUGCUUUUACAGCGCCAUGCAAGUAUCAACGGUGUCAAUUGUCUCUGUUGACACAAGGUUUUCCCCUUUGCGAGCGCUUAGAAUCAGAAUGAGUGAUCCUUACUGGCCAAAGUCUAUUAGCAGCGGAACAAAAAUCCUUAACAAUUACUUCAAAAUGAAGUCGUCGUUUUUUAUAAAAGCAGCCUUCCAUCACUAUGACGAUGAACUUUAGGAAUACGAAUAUCAGAUCCAAGUUCUUUUUUUUUAAUCAGUGACGCAGAAGUUCUUUCCAUUCACCCUAUCUUCUCUAUAUCAUUUUCUUUAUUUACUUAUCGUCAUAUUAUUUGCCCUUCUCUUCACGUAUAAACAACAUGUGUACCACCAUUAAGACCUACUGUCGUGGUACCGGGGAGUUUUUAAAUGUCAGCGUUGACCGUUGUCAUGAGCUUCGGGCUUUUGGAACCUGCGAUAAGAAAACCAAUGAGCGAAACAAUUGUGGGGGAUGUAAUAGAGUAGUUCAUGGACAUGAAAAGGUCUUGCAACGCAGUGCCACACACGGUGCUAUUUUUCAGGACGUAUACUUCCGUCUCUGCAACGGGAAUUAUCAGAAUGCCCAGGGGCAAUACCUUCAGUAGACCUGGAGCAUCAUUCGAUUUGUCUCAAGGAAUGUGUUUUAGUACAAUUACAUAUUAAAAGCACCGCGAAAGUCAAUAACUACUGCUUUUACACCUGGUGUGUUCAAGCUUUGCUAAGUCUGGUUGAAGUUUUGUUCUAGGCUUU